GGAGCUGACCCCGCCGAGCCCCGCCCCAGCCUGCGUCUGCCAAUGAUCCAGGAGCCGCUCCUUUCCACUCGGGAAACCUUCAGAGGAGUCUCAGAAAGGACACGGCUGGCUGCUUUUCUCAGCGCCGAAGCCGCGCCAUGCUCGUCCUCAGAAGCGCCCUGACUCGGGCGCUAGCCUCACGGACGAUGGCGCCUCAGAUGUGCUCAUCUUUUGCUACGGGACCCAGACAAUACGAUGGAAUAUUCUAUGAAUUUCGUUCUUAUUACCUUAAGCCCUCAAAGAUGAAUGAGUUCCUGGAAAAUUUUGAGAAAAACGCUCAUCUUCGGACAGCUCACUCUGAAUUGGUUGGAUACUGGAGUGUAGAAUUUGGAGGCAGAAUGAAUACAGUGUUUCAUAUUUGGAAGUAUGAUAAUUUUGCUCAUCGAACUGAAGUUCGGAAAGCCUUGGCCAAAGAUAAGGAAUGGCAAGAACAAUUCCUCAUUCCAAAUUUGGCUCUCAUUGAUAAACAAGAGAGUGAGAUUACUUAUCUGGUACCAUGGUGCAAAUUAGAAAAACCUCCAAAAGAAGGAGUCUAUGAACUGGCCACUUUUCAGAUGAAACCUGGUGGGCCAGCUCUGUGGGGUGAUGCAUUUAAAAGGGCAGUUCAUGCUCAUGUCAAUCUAGGCUACACAAAACUAGUUGGAGUGUUCCACACAGAGUACGGAGCACUCAACAGAGUUCAUGUUCUUUGGUGGAAUGAGAGUGCAGAUAGUCGUGCAGCUGGGAGACAUAAGUCCCAUGAGGAUCCCAGAGUUGUGGCAGCUGUUCGGGAAAGUGUCAACUACCUAGUAUCUCAGCAGAAUAUGCUUCUGAUUCCUACAUCGUUUUCACCACUGAAAUAGUUUUCUACUGAAAUACAAAACAUUUCAUUAACUGCUCUAAGAUGUGUCUGCUAAUGGUGCUUAAAUUCUCCCAAGAGGUUCUCACUUUUAUUUGAAGGAGGUGGUAAGUUAAUUUGCUAUGUUUCUUGCAUUAUGAAGGCUACAUCUGUGCUUUGUAAGUACCACUUCAAAAAAUAGUUCUGUUUACUUUCUGCAUGGUAUUUCCGUGUCUGUCAUACAUUAAAAAUACUUGUCACUGUUUUAAGAUCUUGACUCUUCAUUUGUUUCAGAAUAGCUCUUCUACUGUAUUCUGACAACUCUUUGCUUUAUAGCAUUUUGUUGUAUUCAAAUGAUAAUGGUAGCAUUUCCAUGCUUGUGACAGCAUUUUUAAGUUAUUAAUAUAUUUUAUCAACCUUUCCAUCAUGUCUGUUUUCCUGUUUUUUUUGGUUGUUUUUGACCAGUAAAAUUUAUUUUGUAAUACCAAAUAGGAUUUAUGAAAAUUAGCGUAUUUCUUUACUAUGGAAAACCACAUUGUCAUUUGUGACAUCUAUAUUAAAUAUGGUUGUCACAUUAGUUAUUUGUCACUUACUUGGAAAAUGAUGCUGUUAGGUCCUGGUAUUAAAAAUCUAGAAAAGACUUGUUGGUUUAUGUGCUGAAAUGUCUUUAUUUAUAAUUAAUUUUAACUACUAUUUACUUCAUUUCGGAUCCUGUUUAACAAAGAUACUUGAGACAUCCAUUUGUUUUAAUGAAAUCUGUAUGGAUAUGGAAAUGCUUGCCCUAAUAAAAGCCUACAUAUA